AUGGAAUCACCUGGACGUUUCUGAACCUGCUUAAUCGAUAAUCACAUUUAACACCAUUUCACCAGUCAGACUCUCUGCUCGGGUCAUUUCUUUAUCAAACCAGCCUCUGUGUGGUCAGACUGACGAUCACAGCACAAAAAAAGAAACUCUGAAACAGGUUCUGCCUCGGAGGGGAAAAAAAAGGGCAAUUAGUGCGGAAGUUGCGGGUGCGUAAUGGGUUAACGGCGGAAGGCCUCGCCUCACCUUUUGUGCGCGUCACCGGGCUCUGAAAAGUGGCUCCACCAACCCAGCAUCCAAAAGCAACGAGGAGAAAAUCACCGCCUCUCUCCGCCGCCAGACGCGCCUCCUCGCCUCGGUCGGUCACAUCAGCCUCGUCGGUCUCCGCCCCGCCGCUCCAUCUCCACCACCAACACGCAUCCAGGAGACGACGGGAACCGAAGGAAUAAGAGGGAACCAUGAAGGACCGCAUGCAAGAACUUAAACAUGGGAAGGAGACGACAGAGGAGGAGGAUGAAGUCGCCGUGGGGAUGGACAAAGGUUUCAUGGAUGAAUUCUUUGAACAGGUGGAAGAGAUCCGGGGUUUUAUCGAGUCUCUGGCAGAGAAAGUUGAAGAGGUGAAGAGGAAGCACAGCGCUAUCCUCGCCUCGCCAAACCCCGAUGAAAAAACUAAAGCCGAGCUCGAGGAUCUAAUGGCGGACAUCAAGAAGUUGGCCAACAAAGUGCGCUCUAAAUUAAAGAGUAUCCAGCAAACCAUCGAGCAAGAAGAGGGGCAGAACAGGUCAUCAGCUGACCUGAGGAUACGUAAAACACAGCACUCCACACUGUCCCGUAAGUUUGUUGAGGUGAUGUCAGAAUACAACACCACUCAGUCGGACUACAGGGAGCGCUGCAAGGGACGCAUUCAGAGACAGCUGGAGAUCACUGGGAGAAACACAACAAAUGACGAGUUGGAGAGCAUGUUGGAGAGUGACAACCCAGCCAUAUUUACCUCGGGGAUAAUUAUGGACAACAUCACCCAACAAGCGAUGAAUGAGAUUGAGACGCGGCACAAUGAAAUUAUCAAGCUGGAAAACAGCAUCAGAGAGCUUCACGACAUGUUCAUGGACAUGGCCAUGCUGGUGGAGAGCCAGGGCGAGCUGGUGAACAACAUUGAGCGGAGUGUUUUGGAGGCACAGGAAUAUGUGGAGGAGGCAAAGGAGAGCAUCCCAAAAUGCAAAAAGUUCAAAAAGACCAGCAAACGGAAGGUGAUCCUGAUAGGAGGUUGCGUUGCAGCAUGUCUGACCAUCCUCAUUAUUUGUCUCGCAGUUGGACUCAGUUAAGACUCUAAGAAAUCAUCACACAGCAGACAGGAUGUGAUGCUUCCUGUUAGAGUUGUUUGCCACAGAAACACACUAUCAAGUGUUUACAUGUACUGUGUAGGAGGUUGUGUCGUGUGCAGUCAGUACUGUCACUGGUCAUUACAUUACUGGUCUGAAGUCUGUCCAGUGUCUAUUUGAGCACUCACAUAUUGUGCAUUAACUUUAAAAUGUUUUUUUAAACAUAAGCUUUUUCUAGCCAAAUCAGUUGCACACCUUGAGGAACUGCUUGUGCUUUGCUUGUGUUUGUGCCGUGAUUCUCACAGCUUUGUCAUGUGCGUGUCCUACAGUGUGUUGAAGAGCUUUGCAUGUUUUCCCCACAAACGCAAGGCUGCAGAUGGUGAAUAAAUGUUACCUCAUAAUCAAAGUAAAUUUGUCUCAAAUCUAGAAGAACACUUGAAUUCUAAAUCAGCACGUGUUCAGGAUCUGAGCAUGGAGAAAGUUCAUGACGAUCAGCCUCUCAUAUUCACAGAUGCAUAAUUGAGAAACAAUAUGAAACUGCACCAAAAGAAUGCUUUGACAUUUUGGGAAAUACACUCAAUACUGUUGCAAGAACCGGAUGCAGGAGAGAAAUUACUUCUAGCUUUUAGGUUUGCUGUUACUCUGUUCAGUUCUCCUACUACAACGGGAUGACAUCUUGCAAAAGCUUUUCUAGGCUCUGGGAAAGUUGCACAGAUCUAAAACCUUCAUUGAUUAUGAAAGAGGAAAGCUGGGUUUAGUUUGAAUUUAUAGGGGUGUGUUAACAAUUAAGCAUGUCUGUUUUGUAACGUGACUCCAUGGGGAAGAAGCUUUAUGUGGGCCGCUGGGCAAUUUGGCAACAAGCCUGUGUGUGCUGGCUCUGUAACCAGCUCUUUUCAAACAUCCAUUAUCUAUCCAUAAAAACACACAAUGUCUCAUUUACAAUUCAUUUAUUGGAUAGCUUAAAGAAGAUAUAACCAGUUAAACUGAGAGGUUGAGAGUUGCUGUUAAGUGGAUUUUGUAGCAGCUGUUUCCCCUCUACUUUCUUUUUGCUAAUCUUCCAAGCUGGUGUUCUUAUUUAUGUGAAUAAAGAUGGUAAUGAUCUGCUUAUUUAUCUCUCCGCUAAAAGCAAAUAAAUGUUUCACCUAAAAUGUCAAACUAUUCCUUUAAAUGCUGAGCAAGGGUUAAAUGUUGGACACUGGCUGUUUAUGAACCCAUGUGGAGGAAUGCAUGCUAAAAAUACAAGUUUUACAGGUUUUAUUGACUUUAAAGUCACUAUGUGCAGCCUGUUAUCUUACCUAUUUGUUGAUAUUACGACCAGAUGGUGCCAGAAUUAACAAAUCAUAUAUUCUACACAUAAUGGCUUUAAAUUUGAGAAGAAUUCAUGUUGCAUGUGCAAAUAUGUUAUUAUACACUUCCUCUAUUGCUGUUUAAUAUGUGCGAGCAAGAUGCAGGAAGCAAAUAUUUAUGAUUGUAAAAUUACAAGAUGUGGAAAUACUUUCAAACUGCAGUCACUCCACAACAUUUAGAUGAAUACAUUCCAUCAAUAGCUUUCUGUUCCUUUGCUUCUAAAUUGCAUUUUGUUCUGACUAUUAUAAACACUGUAACGUGUUAAAGUGCAAGUCAUAAUUCUAACAUGUGUUUUUCUGCUCCCCAUUUGCUGCUUUGGAUGUUUGAUAUUUUGUUUUCUGUUGUUGUUCACACAAUGCAGAAGAAAAUUAUGAUAAUUAUAUGCUGUGUCAUUCUGGGAAUCGUCAUUGCCUCCAUCGUUGGGGGAACACUGAGCUAAACCUCAGCUGCCGUCACACUAAAAAGACACGCAACCACGCAGCUACACACACAACAGAGCAAAAGCAAAACCGAUACACAGUUUCAAUUCCCUGUUUUCAUGAAUGCAAUCUAUUACAUAUUUAGCACAAGAUGCGUUACGUAACGUACGAUGCAUUUUACGCACAGUGUACAGGGCCAGAGGUGUUCUCGCAUGAGUUGCUAAUUUGUUUGUAAAUGUGUGGUGCUGCAAACUGUUUAUCUGAGUGUUGGGUGUUGUCAAAGAUAUGAUGUUCCUCGAAUGAAAAAUGAUAUGUAACGUUAUACUAAUACAUUCCAACUUCCAAAUAAGUCAAUGAUUCAGUUGUAAUGUCUGUUUUGUGUUGUACAGGCAAAGUGACAGAUCGCUCAUCUGCAGUGUUUCCAAAGCCAUGUUAUCUGUAGAUCUGUGUUUAUUUAUUUAUUUAAUUUUUCUUUUUACUUUCCCUCUCUGGUGUCUUCUACCUCCCUUAAAAAGCCCUGCAUGGUUUAUUUGACCGUAAAGUGGUGUUUUUGUAUUCUGUUGCAAAAGGAAACACAACGAAAAGAAACAUAGCUGUGCUGAUGUUGGAUAUUUUUGCUCGUAGAAUCACACCACUGCCAAACUUUUUACUAACAGCGUCUCUUGUAGUUGACAGAAGCCGUGCUGCUGUACUUGAUUUUUCAUCUGGCCUUACCAGUUGUGCAGCAUUUCUGACCGUGGCUCCGGUGUUGAGUGCAAGUGAGAGCAUGUGUGUGUUCAUUUGAAUGAGGGUGUGUGUGUGUUUACAUGUCUGAAUGUGCUGAGGGUGAGUCAUGGGAUGAAAAUGUGAGUGCUUGUUGUUUGCCGCCUGUGUCUUUGUUUUGUAAACUGACAUAAAGCUCUCUAACACUGCCAGUAUGCUCCAAUAAGCUGUUAAAACAGAGUCUAGUCUGGUUAGUUUGAUAAUUCUGGUCCGUAAGUGACAAACCCAGGUUGAUUUAUGUCUUUUGUUUUUACAAACCCCAAGCUUUAAACAGUGCAUAUUCCUCUGUCAAGCUACUUCUCUGUUUAUUUCCUUCAGUGAACUUGAUGAGUCAAUGAAAGCAUCAGCAUCAAGUCAAAGUAGCCCUGUAUAAGACUCUCAUAUCAGUUUUUGGGACUGCAACGAUGUUACCAUGUUGCCUAUUCAACAUGUUGCCUUUGUGUCGUAUUGUGAUGACAUGGUUUUAUUUGUUUGACUGGAGUUCUGUUUUUUCUCUUUUUUUUCAAGUAAAGUUUGUCUGGAAAACUGGAA